GAUCCUACAAUUCGUGGAGAAGUCUGGCCAUUUCUGUUACAAUUUUAUAGUUGUGAAUCGACAUCAGAAGAAAGAGAAUCUCUGCGGAUUCAGAAACGUACAGAGUAUGAAGAAAUUCAGAAUAAAAGAUUAUCUAUGACUUCAGAGGAACAAGAAGAAUUUUGGCGAAAAAUUCAAUUCACUGUUGAUAAAGAUGUUGUUCGGACUGAUCGAUCCAAACAGUUCUUCAAAGGGGAAAACAACCCCAAUGUGGAAGCUAUGAGAAAUAUUUUGCUGAACUAUGCAGUUUAUAACCCUGAGAUAGGGUAUUCUCAAGGAAUGUCAGAUCUGGUGGCUCCAAUCUUGUCAGAAGUCAGGGACGAGUCCGACACUUUUUGGUGUUUUGUUGGACUAAUGCAGAAUACAAUUUUCAUCAGCUCACCACGUGAUGAUGAUAUGGAAAGACAACUGCUAUACCUAAGAGAGUUACUGAGAUUGAUGCACCCCCGUUUUUACCAGCACUUGGUGAACCUGGGUGAGGAUGGGCUCCAGAUGCUGUUCUGCCAUCGAUGGAUUCUUCUCUGUUUUAAACGCGAGUUUCCUGAAGCAGAGGCACUUCGCAUUUGGGAGGCAUGUUGGGCUCAUUACCAGACUGACUACUUUCACCUGUUUGUUUGUGUGGCCAUUGUUGUGAUUUAUGGGGAUGACGUGAUUGAACAGCAGUUAGCAACAGACCAGAUGCUCCUUCAUUUCAGCAACCUGGCCAUGCAUAUGAGUGGGGAAAUUGUUUUAAGGAAGGUAGGAACCAUGCCAGAGUUGGAAAGAAUGCCCAACUCUGGAAAGGACCCAUCAGAAAGGAAGGUGUUGGGAAUUGCAACUCCAGCAGAAUUGAUCACCAAAUGUGCAGAACACCAGCUGGUCAUCACUAACACAUUGUUUUGCCAAAAGACAAGUUCAAGUCCUCAUUACCAAAGCAAUGACCAGUGCGGACAACUGCUGGACAGACCACAGGAUUGUCCACUCCUGAAUGUCCAUCGAGUGUCAUCAGAAGCAGCUGAAGAUGAAGAAACAGUUCCAAAGAAAGCUCAAUAUUGA